UCUGUUGCAGUGUGCCAAAGCAUAGACAUAAGAAAUAGCGUGAGUCAAUUUUCAAAGCUGGAAGGAUGUCGAGUGGUGGAGGGCUUCGUACACAUAUUUUUGAUCGACAAAGCGAACGAGACGUCCUACGCCAAUCUCAGCUUUCCCGAUCUGGUUGAGAUCACGGGAUAUCUCGUUUUCUACAGAGUAGCCGAACUGAAAAGCCUCGGACGACUGUUUCCAAACUUGGCGGUCAUUCGCGGUCAUUCUCUAUUCGUCAAUUACGCCCUCGUGGCGUUCGAGAUGAUGGCGCUCCAGGAAAUCGACCUCUACUCGCUCACCAACGUACUACGCGGAUCCGUGCGAUUUGAGAAAAAUCCGCUUCUCUGCUACGUCGACACACUCGACUGGGACAUCAUUGCCGAGGCCGGUAAGGGGGAGCACGUCAUAUCGAAUAACAAAAUGCUGAACGCCUGUCCGCAUUGCAAUAAAAGUUGUCCGACGCGGCAAACAAAACCGGAUGAGAAUCUGUGCUGGAAUCGACAUCACUGCCAACGAAGAUGCGACCCGAAGUGCGGAGAUAGAGCCUGUGACGACAAUGGAAAGUGUUGUCAUCCAUUUUGUCUGGGUGGAUGCACAGGCCCGACUGCCAGCAACUGCAUCGUGUGCAGGUACGUGAUAAUCAACGGUACAGAAUGCACGGAUGGUUGUCCGAACGGAACUUACGAGUUCAUGAAUCGGCGCUGCAUCUCGGAGAAGGAAUGCCGCGAGAUGAUAAAACCACCCGAGGCGCCGGCCUCCGUCAACUUUAGACCGUACAAACCGUUUCACGGCAAGUGCGUGAUUGAAUGCCCGUCCGGUUACAUGGAGAGCGUAAACGACGAUGGGAAAAAAUCCUGUAAAAAGUGCGACGGCCUUUGUUUGAAGGAGUGUAACAGCGCGCACGUGGACAGCAUCGCCUCGGCGCAAAAGCUGCGCGGGUGCACGCAUAUCAAGGGUAGCCUGGAGAUACAGAUACGAGGUGGGAAGAGCAGCGUGAAGGAACUCGAGGAGAACUUGAGCAUGAUCGAAGUGAUAGACGGCUAUCUGAAGAUCGUUCGCAGCUUUCCGCUGAUAUCCCUCAACUUUCUCAAGAAUCUACGCCUGAUACGCGGACAGGAACUCGAGAACGGCAAGUACAGUCUAGCCGUGUUCGAUAAUCAGAAUCUUCAGGAGCUCUGGGACUGGAACACCCACCCAAAUUUGACCAUUUUGGCCGUGAAUAGCUCCGCCAAGCUCUUCUUUCACUUCAAUCCGAAAUUGUGUUUGUACAAGAUCGAAGCUUUGCGGGAGAAGACCAAGUUGGAGGAGUUCGACGAUCACGAUGUGGCGCUUAGCAGCAACGGAGACAAAGUAGCAUGUAACGUUACCGAGUUGAAGACCAGAGUCACCAAGAAAACAUCUAAGGGAGCUAUUAUCGAGUGGGAAUCUUUUGUGCAUCACGACACCAGAUUCCUUCUGGGUUACGUGGUUUAUUUCAUUGAAGCGCCUUAUCAAAAUGUUACGAUGUACGAUGGUCGUGACGCGUGCGGUGGGGAUGGCUGGCGAGUAGAGGACGUCUCCGCGGAAACCGUUACGGAGGAGAACGCCAACAAUAAUAGCAACACGGAUCGUAGCUACUACAAUAGCCACAUACUGACCCAGCUGAAGCCCUACACUCAGUACGCGUACUACGUCAAGACUUACACCAUUGCGACGGAGCGGUCGGGCGCGCAAAGCGAAGUCAAGUAUUUCACGACACUGCCGGACGCGCCUAGCUCACCCAGGGCAUUAUCAACCUGGAGCAAUUCCAGCAGCGAGCUGGUUAUGUCUUGGUUUCCACCGUUGGAAAAAAAUGGGAAUCUGACGCAUUAUCGAAUCGUCGGUCGUUGGGAGCCCGACGAUCAAAGUUUCAUCGAGCAGAGAAACUACUGCGACGAACCUAUGCUGUUGCCCGAGAAGAAACCAAUGUCCGUCAUAGCGGAAGAAGAGAGAAAACGCGCCGAAGAAGAGAAGGAAUUAGUAAAAUUACCCGAUACUGAGACUAUGUCGUGCACAUGUACGGGCCGAGAAUCACCGGAUCAGUCAAUGCGCGAGAAAGAAGUUUCCAGUUCGAUCGCUUUCGAGAACGCGUUGCACAACCAGGUCUACAUAAAACGAAUAAAUGCGCGUAGAAGGCGCGACACUAGUGACAUGUUAUUCGAGACUAAUCUAGCUAAGAAAGAUUUCAGCUCCGAUCAGGACAAGGAAAAUAUUAACGACAAAAUAGUGAACGACACGUACAUACAGUUCGAACGAUUAAUACCGAGUACAAACCUUACUUACGUCAUGAGAAAUCUCCGACACUUCGCCGCUUAUAAUAUCGAGGUUCAAGCUUGCAGAGAACGGGUUGCUAAUGAGACGACGAAGAAUUGCUCGACAAAGAGCAUGAAAACUUAUCGCACGCUAGCGAUGGAAAGUGCAGAUAAUAUUCCACCGAAUACCUUCAAGCUAAGUAUUUCUGACAAGAAUAACAGUCUCACUACGAUCACUCUGUACUGGGACGAGCCACCUCAACCCAACGGUCUAAUUGUCACGUAUCAGAUCGAGUACAAAAGAGUAGACAUAAAAAAUAUAAAAGCAACGGUGUGCAUUACAAGACGCGAUUUUAUCAACUUGGGUAACUUGUAUAUCUUGAAAGAUCUUCCCGCCGGGAAUUAUUCUGUAAAAGUCCGAGCUAUGAGCUUAGCCGGAUACGGCGCUUACACCGAGAUAAAAUAUUUUUAUAUAGACGAAUACAACACGCUUAGCACAUCUUGGAUCUUGUUCUUGGUGAUAUUGAGCGGUGUUUUAAUUUUCAUUGUCUUGGGCAUAUAUAUAUUCAAAAAACGAGCAAUGCGAAAUGUGUCCAGCACGAGGCUCAUCGCGACGGUAAAUCCGGAAUAUGUGAGCACGAGUUACGUGCCGGACGAGUGGGAAGUACCCAGAAAGAACAUUCAAUUGUUACGAGAAUUAGGGAACGGUUCUUUCGGCAUGGUGUACGAAGGAGUGGCCAAGGAUGUCGUAAAAGGCAAGCCGGAAGUACGAUGCGCCGUGAAAACAGUAAACGAAACUGCAACCGACCGUGAACGAAUAGAAUUUCUUAACGAAGCGUCCGUCAUGAAGGCUUUUAAUACUCAUCAUGUAGUGAGACUACUUGGUGUGGUGUCGCAAGGUCAACCCACAUUAGUAGUUAUGGAAUUAAUGGUGAACGGCGAUCUAAAGACAUAUUUGAGAAGCCACCGACCGGACGUGUGCGAGAACUCGAAACAACCUCCUACUUUGAGAGAUAUCAUACAAAUGUCAGUCGAAAUUGCGGACGGCAUGUCUUAUCUCGCGGCAAAGAAAUUUGUUCAUCGAGAUUUGGCCGCUCGCAAUUGUAUGGUGGCUGAAGAUCUUACCGUGAAGAUCGGAGACUUUGGCAUGACGAGGGACGUGUAUGAAACUGAUUAUUACAGAAAAGGAUCUAAGGGACUUUUACCUGUCAGAUGGAUGGCACCGGAGAGCUUGAAAGACGGUGUGUUCACCACUUUUUCUGACGUUUGGAGCUACGGAGUUGUUCUAUGGGAAAUGGUAACAUUAGCUUCGCAGCCGUAUCAAGGCUUGUCAAACGAUCAGGUGUUGCGUUACGUAAUUGACGGAGGAGUCAUGGAACGACCAGAAAAUUGUCCCGACUCGUUAUACAGUUUAAUGAGACGCACUUGGAAUCAUAGAAGUUCAAGAAGACCUACAUUUUUAGACAUUGAGAAGGAGUUGUUGCAAGAAGUUAACAUAGAAGGCUUUGAGAACGUUAGCUUUUAUCACAGCGUGGAAGGAAUCGAAGCCCGAAAUCAAAAUAAUUCUCAUUCACCGCAAAAUGACCAAGAUUUAGAAAUGGUUACUCUACAAGACUUGCGGGAGGAAGAUAUCGAGGGGGAAGAAAGCUCGCCGUUACGUCAGGACUUCGGUGAUUUUGCAAGUUAUGACCCUCGCAGUAUUAAAAAUAACUUAAGUCCGCACUACGGAGCAAAUUCGUAUGGUGAAACUUCUAAAGCUACUUCCAAUUUCCAUGACAUAAAUUCUGCAACGGUACCUAAAGCUGGCUUCGAUGAGUUCGGUGGGAUCUCUGGGGAUUCGUUCGUAUCCAAUAAAGAUACGUUGAACUCACCUUUCGUAGAAGGCUGUCUUAAAUCAGUUAGGAGCUCGCCUUUUAUUUAUAAGAAAAACACAUCUCGCAACAACGUAAGUCAAGCUUCUCUGGGCAAAUCUGUGAGCCCGCAAAGUUUAGCUAAACAAAAUUUUCUUGAUAGUCCAAAUCCGUCUAAGUCUCUGGACGAACAUGAUUAUGAAAACAGAAGUCCCGAGAUCAUGUCGGGUAUCGAUAAAAAUGAGAUUGCUCCAUUGCGUUCUAUCACUCGAGGAUUUUCGUCUGUGGACACUGUAGAUAUUGAGAUUAAUGGUGACAAAAAGGAAAACAAUCACACGAACGAUUACGUAAACAAACCCGAGAUAUUGAACAACGGUUAUAUUAACAGCACGACAACGUAGCUUCAGUGAUUCUCUCAUCUGAUUAUCAGGAGAUUCAAUGCAAGAUAAAUUAUAUAUAUAUAUAUUUAUACAUAUAUAUAUAUAUGACGAAAUUAUAUCUGCGAUGUAAAUCGCGAGUGAUCGUAUUCUACAAAUAAAAAGGCAGUGUCUGUGCCAAAUUUGUGAACACACUGGGUUAUAAUUCAGGAAGGAUCACACAUCAAGCAGUGUUUUACACUAAAACUGGAUGUUAGUGUUUUAGACUAACACAUGUUAUACUCGUAAGUCUAUAUUUUAAACGUCUAGACGUAAAAUAAAAAUAACUAAGAGUACCAGGUCCUAAGAAACAAGUGGUGUUUCCUUAUACGGGUGUUACCAUGUCUUAAUAAUUCCGUCUCUCUAAAUGUAAUUAAUAUCGCUACGAGUGUACAGCUAACUGUAUAAUUGUUGUGCUGCAAUGCAUGCGUUUGGAACAAGGAGAGCAGCGAAUAUAUUUAUAUCAGAUACUGUCUUUUUAAAGUUAUCGCUGUAAUAUAUACAUUAUAUACGGAGAAUUUAGGCUUAACACUAAUGAUCAUUAUCGUGGAAUUGUGAACAACCGCAGAUUUAAACCAAACACACAUCUCUUCUUGAAAUAGGUCUAUACGUUGUGGAAAAAACAUGUUAACAUUCAUCGUCGUUACAUGAUAUUUGAUGCUGAUAAAACAAAGAGUGAUAUAGCCCUUCUCCUCAUUAAUCUAUUCAGAUGUAAGAAUAUAUCAAAGAGUUAAGCAGAUUGAUUAUUUAUAAUAUCAUAGAGAUUUUUUUUUUUCUGUUUAAUCUUCAGUCGUAAGGUUAUGCUAGUUUCGGAUGUAAGUAAUAUAUAUUUGUAUAGCAUCGAUUAUUUUUCUUUUCCUGAGUUUAUUGAUAUAACUAUGGGUAAACCAAAGUGGCAAUUAGGUUGACUACCGCGUUGGUACGAUAUUUUGUUCACAGCAAAGAGACCACAUUUUAUAACUUUUGUGAAUUAUGCCUAGUCGCCACUUUGCACGAUUUUAGACUUUGUGUGUGAACUCGUGAACUCAUUAUACAUAUAUAUAUAUACACAUAUAUAUAUACACGUAUAGUAACAUAAGUUAUAAAUAUAUUUGUUGGAAGAUUAUAUAUAUAUAAUAUAUGUAGAAGGUGAUUCAGAAUAUUGACUUAUAGAAAAAAAAACAAAUACAUAAAACCGCGCGUUUCUCUAAUUUAUACAAAUUUCUAUUUAUGUUUUCUACGUUGUUUUAGUGAUUUUGACUCUAGUAUAUCAGUUCAUCUAGGAGUUCUGAAUCCCCAAUUUAUUGAUAUAUGGUAGGAGAAUUAGAGAGUAAGGAUCUUUUCGACGUUGAAAUUCUUUAGUAGUGAGUAGUUUAGCGCGUUUUUGACAUCAUUCUCGAAUGAUUCGUCUCUAGUGAUUAUUAUUUUAAUAUUUUUAAUCGCGAUUAUGGCAAAAUCUUACAUGAAAAUAAUUAAUGUGUGUUUGACUCUCUUUAUAACAUAUGAUAACAAUAUUAUAAUUUUAAUAUUUUUAAACUAAUCAAAUAUUCUGCGCUGAAACUUUUUAAUGUUAUUUUGAACGACACCCUACUCUCGUUUCUCAUUCUGUAUAUCUAGGCGAUCUAGUGAAUAUACAUAUAUAUAAAAAGCUAUCAAAAGCAAAAACAAAAAAAACAAAAAAAAAAAAAAAAACAAAGCUUGCACUGUGCAUUGGAAAAGUUUUUAGAACUGAGAGCAAAUUAACAAAUUACGAGAACACAUUGUAAGGAAACUUAAUAUUUUCAUUCACGUGGACAUAAAGCUCAUCGAAUGCACUUACAUAUUUUAUUAACCUGAUUGAAACAAGCAAUAAUUGCCACUUUUUCAAAGUUAAUUUAUUACAUUUGCUUCGGUUCUUAAACUUUUUUGAGAUAAACUGUCCAUAUGUGACAGAAUGUGCUUCUAUGCACGUGAUAGUACUAAUAUUUCGUGGAGCUGAUACACGAAAUGUUUCUUCUCUCUCUUUUUCUCUCUAACAUCUCCCGCAACAAGGCAUACUCCGCAACAAUACAAUACGUUUUUUUGAUUAAAAGUUAACACACACAUACACCAUAAAGAUUUAUCGUGCAAUUUACAGUCACUCAACAGAGUUUACAGUCUCCACAUCGUGCAAUAGUAUCGUUGGCGUCUAUGCUCCAUAAAGUAACCGCAACAACUUCACCGGUGGUGCUUUGUUGACACAAACUAUCGUCCUUAAUCCAUCAGUCAUCAAGUCAGUCGUUUCUGUGUCGCUCCACGAAAUAAACCAUGAAAUUCAGAGGCAUGCGCCAUGCUUUUGAGAGUAGAGACGAGAGAACGUUAGACUGUCCUAAAGCCCAGUGAGAAGCAAGAUUGUUGGCGAACAAAAAAAAAAAAAAAAAAAAAAAACAGGUGUAAUUAUUAUUGCAAUUUG